UUCAAACUAUUUUGAAAGGAUUGUUUAAGCAACAUGUCCCCUCUGUGUGUUUUUCUCAGCAGCACGAGGGAACAAUGGCCCAUUAUAAGAUCGGUGAUGUCCAAGCCGUGGCACAGAUAUUGGAUUGUGAGAGUCUGUCGGAGAUUUGCGGUGAUGCCUUAAGUAUUGUAGUUCCACAAAAACCCAGAGUGAGAAGAAAAUGUGCUUCAAAACACAAACCUCAAGAUGCUUCUGGUAGCACUAAAAAGGGAGAAAAGACAAAAGGCUGUAAAAUGGUCCAUAAUCCUCGUCGUUACUCUUCGAAUGAGAAUCUUCACAGUGAAAAACAAGUUGAGACAAAAAGCAUCGAGGAGAGUGAGAACGGGACUGAAGACGCCGUUCGGCCAAAUGUAAAGGAAGAAAAGGAAGAGACCUCACUGCUGGAGCCUUUAUCUGAUGAUGACUGGGCAUGUGACGUUGAGAUAAAGAGUGACGAUGAGAUGCAGAGUAAUGACCCCUUGUUUAUAUUGGACACUGAGGACGAGGAUGAGGAGGAAGAUGACGAAGAAGAAGAAGAAGAACUGUUUAAGAGGAAACAACAAAAACCAUCCAGGACCCAGUUCCUGUGUAACAAGUGUAUGCAGACUUUCCACAAUGAGAAAAGCUACUUGAAACACAUCAGUACUUACCAUGGAGAGACAGCAGAUGUACCGGUAAUCUAUUGCUGUGAAGUCUGCCAGCAGACAUUUGCUAACCGCAAGAACCUGAAGCUCCACGUAAAAUACGUUCACAGCACUGAGAGACUUUUUGAGUGUGACAUUUGUGCAAAGACCUUUAAACGAAAGAAUGAUGUCGCCCACCAUAAGAGACAGGUGCAUGAACAAAAACAGCAAUACUUGUGCCCUGAGUGUGGAAAGACGCUCAGCUCCAAAAUUACUUUGUUGGUGCACGAGAGGACGCACACGGGCAUCAAACCCUACGAGUGCACCAAGUGUCAGGCCAGAUUCACCCAGAAGUCUUCCCUCAGUAGUCAUCAAAGGAUACACACCGGAGAGAGACCGUUUGCGUGUAAUGAAUGUGAUGCCCGCUUCACUCAGAAGCGCAAGUUGGCCUGUCACAAGAGAACACACUCAGGUUAA